AGGAGGAUCUGCUCUGGAUGGUCCCAGGUGGGCAGAGCCCAGGUGAUCCCUGUUUGGAGCACACCUGGCUGGGGGCUCCUCAUCCUCCUGGCUCCCCCUGGCCUGGAUUUCCUUUCCAUUUCUCUUUGUCCUUUCCAAACCCCCAAACCUGGAGUUGAGAAUAAAGAUAUUGAACUGAAACAAGGAUGGGGAUGAGGGGGAUGCUGGCUCCGAGGGAGUUGAGGGUUCCUGGGGCAGAUUUGGGGGUUCCUCAGGGCUUUGGGCACCCCACACCCAGCAGCUCCAUCAGGGGCAGCUGAUCAAGGACUCCCUGCCCCGGAAGUGUCCCCACGUCCUCCUGUCCUGGUUCCUGCUGUCCCCUGGCCUGGAUCCCCACUCCCAUUCUUGUAUCAUCCCAAUCCCAGUCCCAUCCUGCUCUCAUCCCAGUCCAGAUCCCAUUCCCAGUUCCACAUUCCCUCUCCUGUUCCCCUUCUCCUAUUCCCGGUCCCACAUUUCCAUAUUCCCUGUCCCGUUCCCAUUUUCCUAUUCCCAGUCACAGCCUCGUUUCCCAUCCCAGUCCCAUUUUCCCCAUCCCAUAAUCUCACUCCGGUCGCCGUUUCCAUCUUCCCUGUCCCGUUCCAAUAUUGCCCUCCCCGGUCCCAUUCCAGGUUCUUCUCCCGUAUUCCCUGUCCUAUUCCCGACCCCCGUCCCGUAUUCCCGGUCCCUGUCCCCAUUCCCUGUCCCCAUUCCCGGUCCCCUCUCACCGGACGCUCCGCCCCCCCGGUCCUGACGUCACCACCAAACCCCGCGCUGCUCCCUCCCACCAAUCCCAGGGCGCGAUCCCUCAUAGAUUUGCAUGGCCACGCCCCUCAGGCUGACCACGCCCUCCCGCUGCAGCAGCCUCCGGGCGCGGUUCGCUCCCAGUUCCCUCCCAGCGCUCCCAGUAAGAGCGGCACCGACAGGGAAAGCGCUCCCAGUUCCCUCCCAGCGCUCCCAGUAAGAGCGGCACCGACAGGGAAAGCGCUCCCAGUUCCCUCCCAGCGCUCCCAGUAAGAGCGGCACCGACAGGGAAAGCGCUCCCAGUUCCCUCCCAACGCUCCCAGUAAGAGCGGCACCGGCAGGGAAAGCGCUCCCAGUUCCCUCCCAGCGCUCCCAGUUCCCUCCCAGCCCUCCCAGUAAGAGCGGCACCGGCAGGGAAAGCGCUCCCAGUUCCCUCCCAGCGCUCCCAGUAAGGGAAAUCGCUCUCUGAACCCGCCCAGGACAGAGCGCGGCACUGCCCGGACCGGGCUGGGAGAGGAGGAGGAGCGGGAGGAAGAGGAGGGACAGAGGAGGAGGAGGAGGGAUAAAGGAGGAGGAGGAGGGAGAGGAGAAGGAGCAGGGGCGGGAGAAAGAGGAAGAGGAGGGACAGAGGAAGAGGAGGAGCAGCCUCAGCCCCGCUCCGGCCGCCGCUCGCCCGGAUCCGCCGGCAUCGCCCGCCCGGAGCCCGCAGCCCAGGAUUUCCCACUGCCAAACCUCGGCCCCAUGGAGGAGGAGGAGGAGGAGGAGGAGGCUGUGAGGAAGAGGAAGAUGUCCCCAGAGCCUCAGGCAGAGCAGGAGCUGAGCAUGGAGAGCAGCGAGGAGAAAUCCCAUCGUGUCCUUGUCCUUCCUGGGCCAGAGCAGGAGCUGAGCAUGGAGAGCAGCGAGGAGAAAUCCCCGCGGCGGCAGAACCUGGUGGCAGAGGCCGUUGGGAGCGGCUCCACGGCGCAGGAAGGCAGCGGGGAGGAGAAGGCGCGGAGAUGCCUCAGCAGGAGGGGCUGCAAAGGCAGAGCGAGGGGAUCCGAGGGGGAAAGAGCCAGGCUGGGCCGGGGAGGGGGUCAGAGAUCAGAGCUGGGGGUCCGUGAGCAGCUCCAGGAUGGAGAGAAGCCCCAGAAGAACUCAGAGUUGGGGGUCUGUGAGCGGCUCCAGGAUGGGGAGAAGCCCCACAAGAGCUCGAAAUGUGGAAAGAGCUUCACGCUGAGCUCCCCCCUGGUUGUCCACCAGAAGACCCACAUGGGGAAAGAGCUGGGAUCUGAGGGGGAAAAACCCAGCCUGGGUCAGGGAGGGGGUCAGAGAUCAGAGCUGGGGGUCCAUGAGCAGCUCCAGGAUGGGGAGAAGCCCCACAAGAACCCAGAAUGUGGGAAGAGCUUUGGCAGCUUCCACCAGAAGAGCCACACGGGGCAAGAGCUGAGAUCUGAGGGGGAAAAACCCACCCUGGGCUGGGGAGGGGGUCAGAGAUCAGAGCUGGGGGUCCGUGAGCAGCUCCAAUAUGUGGAGAAGCCCCACAAGUGCCCGGAAUGUGGGAAGAGGUUCAGUUAUAGAUGCAGAUUGAUUCGCCAUUCCAGAAUCCAUAUUGGGGGGAAACCCUACGAGCGUGGGAAAUCUGGGAAAAGCUUCAGCUCCAGGUCCAGCCUGAAUGUCCACCAGAAGAGCCACAUGGAGAAAGAGCUGAGAUCUGAGGGAGAAAAACCCAGCCUGGGUCAGAGAUCAGAGUUGGGGGUCCGGGAGCAGCUCCAGGAUGGGGAGAAGCCCCAGAAGUUCUCAGAGUUGGGGGUUCAUGAGCAGCUCCAGGAUGAGGAGAAGCCCCACAAGUUCCCAGAGCUGGGGGUUCAUGAGCUGCUCCAGGAUGGGGAGAAGCCCCUCAAGUGCUUGGAGAAGGGGGUGCAUCAGCAGCUCCAAGGUGGGGAGAAGCCCCACAAGAGCCCAAAAUGUGGGAAAAGCUUCACGCUGAGUUCCCACCUCAAUGUCCACCAGAAGGGCCACACAGGGAAAGAGCUGGGAUCUGAGGGGGAAAAACCCACCCUGGGCUGGGGAGGGGGUCAGAGAGCAGAGCUGGGGGUCCAUGAGCAGCUCCAGGAUGGGGAGAAGCCCCAGAAGAACUCAGAGCUGGGGGUCCGUGAGGAGCCCCAGAAUGGGGAGAAGUCCCAGAAGAGCUCAGAGUUGGGGGUCCGUGAGCAGCUCCAGGAUGGAGAGAAGCCCCAGAAGAGCUCAGAGUUGGGGGUCAAAGAGCAGCUCCAGGAUGAGGAGAAGCCCCACAAGUGCCCGGAAUGUGGGAAGAGGUUCAGUUAUAGAUGCAGAUUGAUUCGCCAUUCCAGAAUCCACACCGGGGAGAAGCCGGGUGAGCGUGGGGAAUCUGGGAAAAGCUUCAGCUCAAGGUCCAGCCUGAAUGUCCACCAGAAGAUCCCCACGGGGAAAGAGCUGAGAUCUGAGGGGAAAAAACCCACCCUGGAUCAGGGAGGGGAUCAGAGCUCGGAGCUGGGGGUCCGUGAGCAGCUCCAGGAUGGGAGAAGCCCCACAAGUUCCCAGAGCUGGGGGUCCAUGAGGAGCUCCAGGAUGGGGAGAAGCCCCUCAAGUGCUUGGAGAAGGGGGUGCAUGAGCAGCUCCAAGGUGGGGAGAAGCCCCACAAGAGCUCGAAACGUGGGAAGAGCUUCACGCUGA